AUGUUGGAGGAGAAAGCAGGCCACGCAGGCCUAGAGUAUGGGCUGACUCUGGCAGGGCUCGUUAUGGGCUGGCCGGACCAGUCUAGUGGGCUGAGAACAGAGCAGCAGAGUUGGCCAGAAGUGAAAGUGAAUUGGUCUGCAAAUGAGUUUGGAAAUGGGCAGAGACUAGAGGAAAGUGGGCCGUUUCAGGAAGUGCUUAAGCCCAAUGUUGCUUGUGAUUUGAAGAAGGCAGGUGUGGAGGGAGCUCUUAUGAAGGCAGAUGGGCUUUCAAAGGACUUAUGCACAAUCAAGUUGGGAGACAAAUGGAGCAUAUGA